AUGGCUGACGAUAACUUGCCUGAUCGUUUCGAGUCCAUCGUCUUGCCGGAGGGUGUGAAGAAGCUACGAUAUGUUCCUGAUACGAGGUUACCAAACUGUGCAAGCUUCGUGAUUGAGCGCGAGGACCACACACUUGCGAACGCACUGCGGGCGCAGCUGUUGCGAGACCGGAACGUUCUCUUUGCUGCCUACCGCGUUCCUCAUCCGCUUGAACACCACGUGAUCCUAAAAGUUCAGACUCGAAGAUCAGAGUACACGCCGUUGGAAGCCCUGUGUGCGGCGCUUGUUGCGCUCAAGAACGAGAUCCACGUCCUCGAGGACGAGUUCGCCAACGAGCUUCAGAACUGGGCAGCCGUGCGGAAGGCCGGCAUAGACGCAGGAAACGCUGCCUGGCGGACAUGA